ACUGACAAGGUCUCCGUGACGUGUAACGAAGUUUAUUUAAGAAUAUUGUAAAAACGCCCCGACUAUUACUUACCAUCUCGCCGGUAUCAGAAGUAGAACAAACCGAAGAUAAAAAUGCCUAUAAAUAAUGGUGUGUUGAUGAACGGUGUUAGUGAAGAAAAACAAAUAGUUACGAAAAUUAAAACGGAUGACCUUCCAGAAUCAUCUCCUGUCAAGAAUCAUCUCAACGGCACAACAAAUGGAUAUUCAAAGAACCUUUCGAAUGGAAAUGGAACAUCUUCGAAUGAUAAUUGUUCGUACGAAACGAUUCCAGUUAAAUCGACACACGAAAAGUUUUUUUGUGACGCCCUCAAUAUUCUUUUGAAUGAUGCAGUCUUUCAAGGAACAUCUCGUAAAAACAAAAUUUUAGAAUGGAAAAGUCCAGCAGAGUUGACCAAAGCAUUUGAUUUCGCAUUGGAAGAAAAAAGUUCAACGCACGAGAAUCUCUUGAAACUUUUGCAAGACACCAUUCAGUAUUCGGUAAAAACAGGCCAUCCUUAUUUCGUGAAUCAAUUGUUUUCUUCUCUGGAUCCGUACGGACUAAUAGGACAGUGGUUAACCGACUCUUUAAAUGCUAGUGUUUAUACAUUUGAAGUGGCCCCCGUGUUCACCCUUAUGGAGGAAUUCGUUCUAAAAGAAAUGAUUAAGUUUGUCGGAUUCGAUCCGGAUACCAGCGAUGGUAUAUUUUGCCCCGGCGGGUCCAUGGCCAACGGAUACGCGAUUAGCUGUGCAAGAUAUAAGAAAUUUCCUAAUAUCAAGGAAAAAGGCUUACAUAGUUUACCAAGAACAGUCCUGUUUACUUCAGAGGAUGCACAUUAUUCUGUGAAGAAAAUGGCUUCAUUUUUGGGAAUAGGUGGCGACAACGUUUAUCUAAUUCAUACAGAUAAUCGCGGUAAGAUGUCAAUACCUCACCUUGAAGAACAAAUUGAACGGGCUAAAGAAGAAGGUGCUGUACCGUUUAUGAUUAGCGCAACUGCUGGUACUACGGUCUUAGGUGCCUUUGACCCACUGGAAGAAGUCGCUGAUGUAUGCGAAAAGUAUGGGCUAUGGCUACAUGUGGACGCAGCUUGGGGAGGUGGAGCACUUCUAUCUAAACGACAUAAAUAUUUGCUCAACGGUAUUCAUAGAGCCGAUUCGGUAACUUGGAAUCCACAUAAACUACUGGCAGCCCCUCAGCAAUGCUCAACAUUCCUUUUGCGCCACAAGAAUAUUUUGUCGGAUGCACACUCUGCGAACGCAAGUUAUCUCUUUCAGAAAGAUAAAUUCUACGAUACGCGUUUUGACACAGGGGAUAAGCACGUACAGUGUGGAAGGAGAGCAGAUGUAUUUAAAUUUUGGUUUAUGUGGAAAGCAAAGGGAACAUCCGGUUUAGAAAAUCAUGUCGAUAAAGUUUUCGACAAUGCAAGAUUUUUUGCCACGUCGUUAGACCACAGGUCUAACUUCGAAAUGGUUUUGAAUUCACCAGAAUUUACUAACAUAUGCUUUUGGUAUAUACCACCUAGUUUACGUAACCGAAAAUCUGAUAAGGAUUAUAAGGAAAAAUUAAACAAAGUCGCUCCAAAAAUUAAAGAAAGGAUGGUACAAGAAGGAUGCAUGAUGGUCACGUAUCAGCCACUAAGGGAUUUACCAAACUUUUUCAGGAUUGUAUUUCAAAGUUCUGGUUUGGAAUUGUCUGAUAUGACUCACCUGUUAAAUGAAUUUGAACGUUUAGGAAGUGAUCUGUGAAAUGAAUGUACCUAUUUCUUAAAACAAUUGUAAAAAUAAAAUUCAAUGUAGGUGAGUAAUAAAU